AGGAGAAGAAGAGAUAUGUUGAUUGCUUCUUGGAAUGUCACAAGUUUAAAUAGAGCCGGUAGCACAAUGAGACUGAGACAAGAACUAGAAAAGUAUAGAAUUGGAAUUGUAGCUCUACAGGAAAUAAGAUGGAAAGGGAAUGGAAUAAUGGACCUAGGUAAUCAUACCAUAUUCUACAGUGGACACGACCAUAACACAUUUGGAACAGGAUUUCUUGUACACAAGAAUUUUAAGGACAAAGUUAUAGGAUUCAAAGCAAUAAAUGAAAGGAUUUGUUUGCUGAGAAUAAAAGAAAAAUUCUUUAAUAUAAGUUUGAUAUGUGUUCAUGCACCCACCAAUGAAGCAGAUGGAAAUAAUAAAGAUCAAUUCUAUGAGAAACUGGAAAAUGUCUAUAAAGAUACCCCUGAGUAUGAUGUUAAAAUAAUCCUUGGUGACUUCAAUGCUAAACUUGGACGAGAACAGUGUUACAGGCCAACUAUUGGACCCUACAGCCUACACAAUGAAAGCAAUGAGAAUGGCCUGAGAAUGAUUGAUUUUGCAGGAGGAAACAACAUGACCAUUAGUAGUACCUUUUUUAAACACAAGGACGUUCACAAAAUGACGUGGUUAUCCCCAGAUGGACGGACAAAAAAUCAAAUUGAUCAUGUUAUGAUUGACAGACGUCACGGCUCAGAUAUCCUUGAUGUGAGAAGUCUUCGUGGAGCUGAUUGUGACACAGAUCACUUCAUGAUAAGAUUGAAAUACAGGCAAAGAAUAAAUAACACUGGGUUCUCCAAAGGCAAGAAACAACUAAAGUUCGACUGUGAAAAGCUACUCAAAAACCAAAGUCUGAAAGAAGCCUACCAACAAAGAUCACAAGAUAAGCUAGAAGAAUACCAGCAUGCGGGGGACACAACAGCAGAACAGAAAUGGAAAAAUCUGAGACAUAGUAUUGUGAUGAGUGCUCAGGAGACAAUCGGAUACAAGAGAAAGGAAGUCAGAAAUACAUGGAUAGAUGAAGAAUGCAUACAAGCCCUUGAAGAGAGAAAUAAGGCAAGAAUAAGUAUGUUGAAUAGGAGAACAAGGGCAACAAUGAACCUGUUCCAAGAGAAGAGAUCGUCUGCCAGACAAGUCUGCCGUAGAAAGAAAAGAGAUUUUGAAAAGAGGAAGCUGGAAGAAAUCAUGGCAUAUGCUGAAACAAAGGAUGCAAGAAAGAUGUACCUGAGGAUACGUGAAGGAAAAGCUGGUUUCCAACCACGAACAAAUUUCUGCACAGAUAAGGAAGGCAACCUCAUUGGUGGCGAAGAAGAAGUCAUUGAACGAUGGAAAGAAUAUUUCAGUGAUUUACUUGGAGAGAUUGCAGAAGAGGAUGGUGGAAUGGAAGGAAUCACCCGUAUAGGUCCAGAACCAUUCAGCCACGACCCCCAACUACAUGAAAUGGAAGAAGCCAUUGGUUCGAUGAAGAACAACAAAGCGCCUGGAGAAGAUGCAAUCACGGCAGAAAUGAUCAAAACUGGUGGCCCUGCGCUCCUCAGCACAUUACAUAGUUUGAUAGUGCAAAUCUGGAGAGAAGAAGAAAUGCCUGAAGACUGGCACACGGCGUUAAUAUGUCCUAUCCACAAAAAAGGAAGCAAAAUCGACUGCACAAACUACAGAGGAAUAGCCUUGUUAAGUGUUGCUUAUAAGAUAUUGACCAAAAUAAUUGCCAAGAGAUUGAAACCAUAUAUGGAUGAGAUAAUAGGAGACUAUCAAUGUGGAUUUAGGCCGAACAGAUCAUGUACAGAUCAUAUAUUCACAAUACGCACAAUUUUAGAGAAAUGCUAUGAGUACAAUAUAAGUCUACAUCAACUUUACAUAGACUAUAAACAAGUAUUUGAUAGCAUAAAAAGAGAUAGUCUCAUUAAAGCUAUGAUAGAAUUUGGUAUACCUUGUAAGCUGGUGAGAUUGGUCAGAAUGACACUCAAAGAGACUAAAUAUAAAAUAAAGGUGCAAGGGAGACUAUCUAGCAGUUUCAUGGCAAGCAAAGGUCUGAGACAAGGAGAUGUUUUAUCAGCAAUGCUGUUCAACAUAAGUUUGGAGAAAGUAAUGCGAAAUUUGACUGUCAAUCCAAAUGGA